AUGUCUUCUCGUCUAGUAAGAAAAAUACAGAAUAAGAAUGAUAAUGAUAUUGUUAAAUUACUUGAAAAAGUUGGUCUGAAUAAUCAAAACGAAAAUACCACAUCAGUCGAUGACGCUAAUAGUGAUGAGACUGAUUACAAUAAUCAAGUGAUAACUCGAAAAAACCCAUUUGAAUUAUUUGAUGCUGAGGAAGAAGAUAAUGCCGAUAAACAACAAACGCCAAACGAGGAAGAAGAAGUGAAAACUGUGCAACUUAAACCAAAACGAAAGCGUAAAAUUAAAAAGAAGCCAAAUCAGCACAAUGAAGAUUCAAAUCAAUUUGACGACUUUUUAAAUAGUGAAAUAGCGACAACAAAAACGGAAGAUCAAAACAGUGAAGUUCAAAAUGUUAGUCGAUUGAAUGAAAUAUUGUCAGUUGAUAGUCGUUUAUUAAAUUCGUUGAAUGAAAUGAAAAAACGUUUUGGAAGAGAAAUAGUACAACAAAUAGAACGUGAUACAAACCAGCCAUCAGCUGCGACUACUGCCGCUAAUCUACAAAGACGUCGUGGCCAUAUUCAGUAUCAACAACAGCGUCCAUCUUCGCGUGUCUCUAAGCUGAAUGCCUUCAUCAUACAUAAACCUCUAUGGCCUUUAUUUCAUAAAUUUGGCCUCUCAAUGAAACCUUCUACAUCUGUAUCAUCAUCUUCAGAAAUGUUAGAUGGAAAUUAUUUUCAAUUUGAUUAUGAUAAAGAUUAUCAACGUUUACAAAUAAUGUUUCUUGAUUACGUCGAUUCUCACGAUCUUCAAGGCAUUAUGGACGUACUUCGACAAUAUCCUUAUCACGUUGAUGCUCUUAUUCAUUUGAGCGAUGUUAGUCGAAUGCAAGACGAUACACCAACAGCGGUUGAUUUGUUGGAGCGAGCUUUGUACAGUUUACAACAAUCAUUUCAUCCUUUAUUCUCAAUUACACGUGGCGAAUGUAGACUUGACUAUCAGGUUCAAGAAAAUCGAUCAUUUUUUAUCAGUUUAUUUAAAAAUAUGAUUUAUAUUGGAGAACGAGGAUGUCCAAGAACAGCUCUAGAAUACGCAAAAGUUAUAUUAAGGCAAGUUUUAAUGAAUUAUAAAUCUCCUUGA